AUGAGCACACUAGCUAUCAAUACCGUUGAUCGCUUAGACAGGCCUAGUGCCUACUACGUGGGCAAGAACAAGCGGCGCAGCAGAUACAAUGACGACGACGAGCCGGAGCGAGAGGACCCCAUGGCGAAGCUGAAGGAUGCGACUACGCUCUAUGUGGGCAACUUGUCAUUCUACACGACAGAGGAACAGAUUCACGAGCUAUUCUCCAAGUGUGGCGAGAUCAAGCGCCUGGUCAUGGGUCUCGAUCGCUUCAACAAGACGCCCUGCGGAUUUUGCUUUGUCGAAUACUACACUCACCAAGAUGCUCUGGAUUGCCUGAAAUAUAUCGGAGGAACAAAGUUGGAUGAGCGCAUUAUUCGAACAGACUUGGAUCCUGGAUUUGAGGAGGGACGGCAAUACGGACGCGGUAAGUCUGGUGGGCAGGUUCGCGACGAAUAUCGUGAAGAAUACGACCCUGGACGUGGUGGUUAUGGCCGAGCAUACGACGAGCAGCGCCAACGAGAGGAGGAGCAAUACGGCGAGGGAAGGUAA